AUGGAGUUUGAAGUGGUGGAUAGGUUCGUUCAUAUGCUCGAGGAUGGGUUUUUCCCUAAUGAUUAUUGUUUUGUGGUGGUUGCUCGGGCUUGCUUGGUCCCAGAGAAUGCAUCGAUUGGUCAUACAGUUUUCGGGUUUAUUAUCAAUAGCGGCUAUCUUGAUUCUGAUGUGUGUGUUGGGUGUGCAUUGAUCGACAUGUUUGCAAAGGGUAGUACUGAUUUGGUUGCAGCUCGUAAGGUGUUUGAGAAAAUGCCCGAGAGGAAUGUGGUUGCUUGGACUUUGAUGAUGACGAGAUGUACUCAGUUGGGUAGUCCGAAGAAAGCUGUUGAUUUGUUUUUGGAUAUGCUGCUGGCAGUUGUUGUUGCAGUAGAAAUCACUGGAGGUCCCGCUAUCGACUUUGUUCCCAGAAGAAAGCAGUACGAGAUUUUCAGUCUCGUGUUCUCUGAGGGUUUGGGGACCUACAAGCUCAAUCUGGCCAAGAUUGAUGAAGAGAAAAGGACCAGGGAGAAGGUCUUGACCCUUAGUAGCCGCUCUGAUUUCGCUUCCUUCACUGGCGAUUGGCACCGGAAGGUGCUGCUUAUGGCUGAGAAGCGGCUUGCUCACCUCCUGAAGGAGAAGACCCACCUGGCGAGUAAAGCUUGCUCGGCUAGAGGAGCGUGCUGCUAG